AUGCCCGAUAAUAAAUCUGUUCCCAUAGUCAUGACCAUUGCCGGUAGUGAUAGCGGAGGAGGAGCUGGUAUUCAAGCAGAUAUCAAAACACUCCAUUCACUUCACGUCUAUGCCACCUCUGUCAUUACCUCUGUCACUUCUCAAAACACAAAGUGCGUUGACGAUAUUCAUGACAUCCCGGCCGAGUUUGUUGGAAAGCAAAUUACUUCGGUCUUGAGCGACAUUGGCUCAGACGCCAUCAAGAUCGGCAUGCUUUCCUCAACCUCCAUUAUCAAGGUGGUUGCCCAAUGUUUGAAAGAAUUCCCCGUGCAUUCUCGCCAUGUCGUGGUCGAUCCCGUCAUGAUAUCCACUUCAGGCUCGCGUCUCUUGGCCGCCGAUGCUAUCAAUGCUUUAGUGACCGAACUUUUACCCAUCACUUAUAUUUUGACCCCUAAUGUUCCCGAAGCUGAGAUUCUAUUAGAUUUAGUUCCUGGUUCCAUCAAAUCUGUCAAGGAUAUGUGUGAUGCAGCUCAAAGAUUGGCUCAUUUCGGCCCUAAAGUCAUUCUUUUGAAGGGUGGACAUCUGCCAAUUCAGAUUAAUGGAAAAGACCACGUCAUAGAUGUGAUCUAUGACAGUGAAAAGAACACCUAUCACGAAAUCAAGAAUGAUUACAUCAACACAAAGAAUACCCACGGAACAGGAUGCACGCUCUCUGCUGCAUUGGCCGGUGAACUCGCCAAAGGCCUUUCAGUUGAAGCCGCGUGUGAAAGUGCGAUUCGUUAUGUCAAGAUUGCAAUUUCCCAAACUAUAGGCUCUAUCGGUAGUGGCAACGGCCCCAUCAAUCAUUUCCAUCCAUUGAAAUGGUCACCCUAUGAAGGCAAGCCAUUCAUCAUUGCUGCUAAAGAAAGCCUUCCUGAAGGACUUUGGUCAGAGUUUCUCGAUCACUCUUUUGUACGCGGCAUUGCUGAUGGUACACUUCCUGUCGAAUCAUUUGUUUAUUACCUUAAGCAGGAUUAUUUGUACUUGCAACAUUAUGCACGUGCAGCUGCUCUUGCUGCAUACAAAUCUGGAACAAUGGAGUCCAUUGAAGCAAACGCGGCUAUUGUUCUCCAUAUUACCAAGGAAUCACAGCUUCAUUUAGACUAUUGUGCUAAAUGGGGUGUAACAAAGGAAGAUGUAUUGAACACACCUGAAAGUGUUUUCAAUUCUGCGUACACUCGUUUUGUUUUGGAUAAGGGUGCAUCGGGCGACAUGCUUGAUUUGAAAGCUGCCAUGCUGCCUUGUUUACUUGGCUAUGGUGAGAUUGGUAUCAAGUUAUUUAACGAUCCUGCCACAAAGAGAGAGGGAAACCCUUAUUGGAGCUGGAUCUGUCAAUAUGCCGCGGAAGACUAUCAAACCGCCGUUCUCACUGGUCUCGCCGAGUUUGAGUUGUUGGCGGAGAGAGGUAUUUCUACUUCAAAAACACGUUUUGUGGAAGUGUGCAAAACCUUUGAGCAAGCUACACGUUUAGAGGUCAUGUUCUGGGAAAUGGGUGCUCGUCUUUGUUAA